AUGGAGCCUCUGCCGAUCACUCGACGUCAUGACGAUUUCGACAUGACGCAGCAGCCGAGCUGUCGAAUGAGCGUGUUUCAUGGCGGUGAUCGAUUAGAGAAGAAUGAUGGAAGUGGUGAGGAGAUGGGGGUAAGAGGCGAAGAUGAGAUGUAUAUAAGAGAGGUGUCCGCUGGAAGUCUUGCCAUAGAACCAUCAAUUUACAUCGAAGCUUUCCUUCACUUCACUUACAACACUACUUUAUUUACACGCAAUAACAUCUACACUCAAGACCGGAACAAAAUGGCCGACCUCGUGAACAAGAUCAAGGAGACACUGGUCCCCUCCAACACUGAGAACAGCAACACUGGCUCUCAUCAAGAGUCUCACAACAGUGGUUCUCUCCGCGAGACAUACAAUACCAGCUCAAACAACGCCGAGUCUUUUAACAACACCUUCAACAACUCCAAUCAAAACAAUCAGCGAGAACUUGGCUCAAAUUCCCACGUUUCUCCCCUUGAUGCAACAGCCAACCAGAACCAGCAGACCGAGGGUGUUCGCACAGGAGACAGGAUCAACUCCCUGGUAGAGAACGUGCCUGGCGUUCCCUCUACACAGUCAAAGCCAUCCAAUACAGAGUCUUACCAGAAUGACAUGCACAAGUCUCCCGGCGCGACUCUUGACGCUACCCGUGCUCCUCCCUCUACUCUUAGAGAGCACCUUGGAGAGCCUAUCAUCGAGCAUGACUAUCCUCAUGAGAGCACGACUAAGCGACACUCUUCUGUGAGCCACCAGGAGGAGCACUAUAACCUCAACUAG